UGCCAUUCCCUGGGUGGUGGCUAUGUUCGGGGUGAUUUAGCUACCUUCGACUCCAGUGACCAAGCAACACCUGGCGAAGUCGUGGAGCGAGGAUGGGCUCUUCAGAAAAAUCGAAAAACGGUAGCCUUUUCCGAGAAAGCGAAGAGCUAUCUGGUAGACGUGUUUUGGGCCAGGGAGGAAACAGGAAAGAAGACAAACGCCUCCUUUGUCGCCUCCAGAAUGAAGUCUUUGAGAGACGAGAAUGGGCAGAAGAUGUUCACAAAGACCGACUGGUUGACAGAACAACAGAUUGCUCGAUACUUUAGCCGACUCUCCGCCCUCAAUAAGGCUGGUCGAUUACAGAGAACCCACUCUGCCUUAAUGAAUGAGGAUGAAGAAGCUGAUGCCGAUGAUCUUGUUGUAGAAGCCGAGGCUGUCCGGACAAGGCAGCAGAUAAGGAGGGACCUUGAACUUUAA